AUGUCGUUUUUUUCAAAUGCAUUCUCAAUUAAAAAAAGUAAACCACGAAAAUAUGUGUCAAGAAGUCCACUUAAAUUACCUGCAGAUGAAAUGUUUCGUGAGUUGGGUCCAAAAUGUGAGGUAAUUAAUGUUAAGGUUGCAGAUAAAAAAAUUAUUUUUGAUACCGAAAAUGGUGAUUGGAAUACAGCUGGUGCAGAAAGUCUUGGUGGAAUAGCAUCGAGUGCUAGUGCACAAAAAAUUCGAAAACAAGUUGAUGUAUUAAAAGAAGAAAAUAAUAUGUUAAAACUUAAAGUUGAUGUUUUAUUAAAUCUUGUUGCUGAAUUUGUUGCUGAAUUAACACCAUCUCAACGAUAG